UUGUAUUUAUGGCUGCAGUGAUAGUUCAAUUUUUAAGCUGACGUCUCUGCCUCGGUAUGAAAGGAUUGAAACCUCCACCUGCAAACGCUGCACUGGGUAUUUAAGAGUGUGGUUGAGCCGCUGCUUUUGUGCAGUGUGAUUAUUUAGGUGGCACACGCGGAUUAGCCGUCCCGCCCCGCCGAUAUGGCGGCUCGUCUGCUCCGGGGGAUGCUCGGGAGCCGCCGCCUCCUCCUCCUCCUCCUCUCCCCGGCGCGGGGCUCCGGCAGCGGCAGAGAUCCAGGCUCUCUGACUAGACAAGCUGAAGCAACCGUUGCUACAGAAUGGAAAAAAAAAUUGACUCCGGAGCAAUUCUACGUUACAAGAGAAAAAGGAACGGAACCGCCAUUUAGUGGGAUCUACCUGAAUAACACAGAGUCAGGACUCUACCACUGUGUGUGCUGCAACGCCCCGCUGUUCAGUUCAGAAAAGAAGUAUAAUUCUGGGACUGGAUGGCCAUCGUUUUCUGAGGCUUACGGUACUUGUGGCAAAGAUGAAAGUAAUACCAAUAUCAUGAGACGACCAGACAACUCGUUGGGAUCAACUAGAACUGAAGUCGUCUGCAAACAGUGUGAUGCCCAUCUAGGCCAUGUGUUCGAUGAUGGUCCCACACCUUCUGGGCAGAGGUUCUGUAUCAACAGUGUUUCAUUAAACUUCAAACCAGGCUCUGGUUAGUGAGAAGUGGAUCUCUGUGGUUCAUAGAACAUCCUUUCGCUGCUCGUACAACCGGCUUGUGAAAAACCCUCACACUUUUAAUGUAGAACUCAGAUGUUAGUAUUUAUGCCAUUGCAGCUUUGCUUUCCAGCUAUUAUCAGUGUUGAUAAAACAUAUAUUUUUGUGUUAAUUCUUUGGCAG